AUGGAGAAAGAUAGAAGUGUGGAUACCAUGAAGGUGAAACUCGACUCCAAGAAGCAAAAGACUAGUAUUAGGGAUAUCAAACAAGAAGGAUUUAAGGGGAAGUCCACUUGUGGAAGGAUGGACAUGGCUUUGCAAGCCACAUUGGAGGAACUAGAGAAGAAAAAUGAUGAGAGUGACCUUCUAAUCGCCAAGCGAAGAUUAGUGGUUGACCUCGAGAAAGAGAAAGUUGGUGAUGCCAAGUUUGAGCUAAACUGCAUAGCUAACAAGCAUGCUAAAGAUGUUGAGGUGAUUCAAGAGCAAGUGACUAAGCUUAUUGAUAAGGUCGCACAGUUAAGGUCAACAAAUGAGAAGGUGAUUGAAGAGUUCAAGUAUUCUGAGGAGUUCAAGGCCUUCAGGUCAGCUUACUUGGAUUAG